ACUUCCGCCAAGAGCUGAUAGACUAAAAACAACAGGCACACAGGUCGGCCGGCCAGUCGGGAGAUAAAAAGGGACCUAGGCGUGGGUUCUACUAAGCCAGAGCCAAGACCUUGGUUUUCGGUCAUGGCGUCCCCCGCUCUGUCCGCGAAGAAGUCCUCGGAACCGCCGGAAGUCGCUCAGCGGAGAGACAGGAAGUCCCUCCCCUUCCUCCCAGAGGGAAGACGGUGAGCCGGAGGAGUCAGUCAGAGGGGUGAGCAGGAGCGAUUCCGUCGGCAAACAGGUUAUGAGUGCCAACUGAGCCACAAGAUACCUCUUCAGCACCUUGUUAACGAUGGACACUGAGAAGAAGCCAGAGAGUGAUGAGGAUGACAACAUAGACAAAGAGGCAGAAGACUUGAGAACAGGCUUGUCCCCUGGUGUAGACUGUGGGCCUGUUUCGGAGGGGAUUGCAGGUCCCUUGGAGAACUCCACACGUAAAAGAGGGUUUGCAGAAGCUUCAGCCUUUGACAGUGUUGUCGUGGAGGAAGAUGGGGAUCAACACGCUGCCAAACGAAUGAAGCUAGCAGAGGCAGGGUCCUCCCACCCUGGGGAGCAGAGCAUCUAUGGGUCAGGAAGUUCUGAGGCUGCAGGCCCGGGAGUGGGUGUCCCGUCUGAGGGGACAGUGACGGAGGCCCUCCUGAGCCAUGUGGACGGAGGUGUGAGUGCCUGCAGCGGGAGCACUGGGGACGCUGAGGACAGGCCUUCUGAGGACAUGGUUUUCCUUGAUCCGGGAGGAGUGCCCUCCUUCCCUCUGGAGGAGAGGGGUGUGAGCUGCAGCCCAAGGGGUGCGGGUGCAGCUCCCAAGGAUGGCCCCUGUGACCGGCUGUCCUCCUGCCCUGACCUGGACCUGGAGUGUCAACCACAGCAGCCCAGGGAGCACACCUGCGGCCACUGUGACCACCAGGCAGAGAGCAGUGCGGCACUGUACACACACGUCCAACAGAUGCAUGGGCACAGGGUCUUUUCUUGUGACCUCUGUGGCUUUCAGUGCGUGGAGGAGAACCUGCUGAACGCACAUUAUCUCGGCAAAACACAUCUCCGGCGUCAGAACCUUGCUGCUCGUGGGGGCUUUGUACAGAUCCUAACCAAACAACCCUUUCCCAAGAAGCCAUGUCCCAUGGGAUCAAAAAAUGUUCGCACCAAACCAAGGCCUUCUAAACCAGUUGCAAAGAAUAGUGAUUCAAAAGGAUUACGAAGUGUUACAAGCAGAUUCAAAGAUUUCAGAGGAAGCAUUUCUAAACAGAGUGGAAGUAGCAGUGAGCUGCUGGUUGAAAUGAUGCCCUCCAGGAAUACCCUGUUGGAAAAAGUAGAGAUUAUUGAAGAAAAUGCAGCCUCCCUUGGUGUGGCUAAGAAUCCUGAAAAUCAGAGUAAAAAGUUAGGAGCUUUAGUCACCUCGGAGGGUCUCCGAGAUAAACUGGAAUCUACUAGAAAUACCCUCCAGGCAGCCCACAGUAUUGGUUCGACCUCAAGACUGAGAUCCGAGAGAAACAUCCUCAUGUUGGGCAGUAGCUUGCGACGGCGCAGUGGCACUUUCACCCUAAAGGGCCAGGUGAGGAAGCGGUUCAGUCUCUUAGGAAUUAGUAAAAGAGGCACUAAUGAAACUCAGAGGCUGUAUAUGAAACACUUUAGAGCACAGAUGAAGACAAGUGAUGCUGGGUCAACACCUCAGCUUCUAGAAACCAGUGGCAGUGUCCCCAGUCUGUGCACAACAUCCUCAGAAACCCAGGAGCCGGAGCAGGACAGGAGAAACACCCACCUUCUGUGCUCCUUUGACUCAUCAACGGUGAGGCCAGCUUCUGACCACCCGGUGCUGUGUGCUUGUACAGACUGUGGUCACACGGCCACAGAUAGGACAGAGUCAGAAAUCCACGCACAAAGGUGCCACGUGGGAGAGAUGCAGUUUCGUUGCCAGACCUGUGGCUUUUCCGGUACGUGCAGGAAGGACUUGGAUGAGCACAUGCAUAGUCACCAGCAUCCAGAGAAUGACUCUGGCCUCAGUUGUCACUGUUGUUCAUUUAUUUCCUCGAAUGAAGGGGAGCUGAGAGACCACAUGAAGGAAAAGCAUGGUAUGGGUUUUCUUUGCGCCCCUUGUAACCUGUUCUUCGUGUCUGAGAAAGACAUGGAGGAGCAUAGAACAGCUGAGAAGCACGUUUGCUUAUUGGUUCAGCCAAAGACUCCUCAGUCACUUAGCAGUGAUUUGGUUUUACAGACUUUACCUUUAAGUACUUUAGAAUCAGAAAACACAGGUGAUCCUGUGAGUGAGUCAGGAAAAGCAGCUCAGGAAGAACCCAUUAAGUCCAGGGUGAGUCAUGGAAAUGACACGAGACAUUCAAGUAAGCCCCAGUUCCAGUGUAAGAAGUGUUUUUAUAAAACAAGAUCUUCCACUGUCCUCACAAGACACAUAAAGCUCCGGCAUGGGCAGGACUAUCACUUUCUUUGUAAAGCAUGUAAUCUUUAUUCAUUGAGCAAAGAAGGAAUGGAGAAACACAUCAAGAGAAGCAAGCAUCUUGAAAAUGCUAAGAAAAAUAAUAUUGGCUUAAGCUUCGAAGAAUGUAUUGAAAGGAUCUGUAUAGGUGUAAAUGAUAAGAAAGAAGAGCUUAACAUUUCCGGUAAUGGAAGGAUCGAGGGCCAUGGAGAAGGUGUGCAGUUUCAGGAGCACUCCUAUCUUGAGAAGAGCAUCCUGCCCGCCCAGGAACUGUCACAGUCUGGGGUAGUCACCAAAGAGGCUGAAUUAGCUUUGACUGCUACUCCAAAGAGAGGGAGACCCAAAGGUAACAUCUCACGGACAUGUUCGCAUUGUGGCCUUUUGGCCUCGAGUAUUACAAACUUGACUGUGCACAUUAGACGAAAACACAGUCACCAGUAUAGUUAUUUAUGCAAAGUGUGUAAGUAUUAUACUGUAACUAAAGGAGAUAUGGAGCGUCAUUGUGCCACCAAGAAGCAUAAAGGGCGUGUAGAAAUAGAAGCAAGUGGAAAACAAAGUUCAGAUAUCAUUGUUGGCCCCGAAGGGGGUAACCUUGAAGCAUGUGGGAAGAACGCCAGUUCCACAGUUUCAGAUGAACCCACUAACAAGGUGGCUGAAGCAGACACCUCCAUCCCGGAAAAGCCAGUUCUGGAGCAUGGGAAUCCAGUUGAAGUCGACGUUGAAAAUGUACUUCAUUCUGUAGAUGGAGAAGCUAAUGGUCACCUUAUUCAGAAAAAGGACCAAAGCUAUCCAGAACCAGAGGACCUUGACCAUCAGGGACCUGCAUGCGCCCAGAGAGACGACAUGGGCACGGGUGAUAACAGAUGUGUGCACUGUGAGUUUAACGCUCACUCUUCUGCUUCCCUAGAACUGCACGUAAAGCGGAAACAUACAAAAGAGUUUGCCUUUUAUUGCAUGGCAUGUGAUUACUAUGCUGUGACUCGGCGGGAGAUGACCAGGCACGCAGCAACAGAAAAACACAAGAUGAAAAGGCAGUCUUACCUGACCUCUUCUAAUGGAGAAGCAAGUGCUGCUGAAAUGUCUGGAAGCACCCUUAUACCUGAAGAGCAGCAUCAACAACAUUCUGAAGAAUUUCAGAUCAUUUCGGAGCAACCCUCUGAAACCCUCAAAUCCAGAAAUGCUGCUGAUUGUUCUAUUUUGGGUGAGAAUACUAAUUUAGAUGCAUCUAAAGUACUCUGCACACCGGACUCUGUAGAAAUUGAGACUGAGGAAGACUCUAAUCUCAGUGAAGGUCAUUCCUUUUGUGGGACUUUGCAACAGCCCCUGGCCAGGGAUAAAGUUCUGAAACCGGAGGAGAUGCUGUCCCUUAAUGUUUCCUCUAAUUAUGACUCCCCAAGCAAAUUUCAGAAUGAAAACACAGGAAGCUCAGCUUUGGAUUAUGAGACGACAAAGAAAAACCACAGCGUGUUGAAUGACAUCAGUGAUCCAAACACACUUUGCGAGAGUGAUGGGGGCGAUAAGGCAGAUCAAGUACUUGGCAAGCGUGGGUGUCCUGGAGCUCCAGAUGGAGAGCAUUCAGCCGAGAACACCAUGAUGAGAGUGACCAGAGAACAACUCAGCCCUGUGACCAGUGGUCAGAACAGAGUUGAGAGCGUGCAGGGUUCAGGGGGUUUGAAUGAUGUGCCAGAAGAUCCUGUUCUGGAGAAUAAGGAGAUUAUGAUGAAUUCCCAACAUGAAACUAAAAUUAUUCUGGAAGAGGAUGGUCCAGCUUCUGAUAGCACCAUUGAAAAUAGUGAUGUUUAUGAAACUAUAAUCAGUAUUGAUGAUAAAGGACAGGCCAUGUACAGUUUCAGCCGAUUUGAUUCUUCCAUAAUUAGAAUAAAGAACCCUGAAGAUGGUGAACUUUUGGACCAGGCUGAAGAGGGACUAGUAGCCACAGGAGUGAGGAUGGGUGAGCUGCCCAUUAAGGACUGUGCUCAGGGUGGGAAAAAGAGGAAAUCUGAAGGCAGUUCCUUUGCUGAAUCCACGCGAAUUCGUUGUGAUGACUGCGGCUUCUUAGCAGAUGGGUUGAGUGGACUGAAUGUUCAUAUAGCCAUGAAGCAUCCUACAAAAGAGAAACACUUCCACUGUUUACUGUGUGGAAAGUCAUUCUAUACAGAGAGCAACCUCCAUCAGCACUUGGCCAGUGCUGGUCAUCUGAGAAAUGAACAGGCCAGUGUCGAGGAGCUUCCCGAGGGAGGGGCCACCUUUAAGUGUGUCAAGUGCACUGAGCCCUUUGAUUCUGAACAGAAUUUAUUUCUGCAUAUUAAGGGGCAGCAUGAGGAACUGCUGCGAGAGGUGAAUAAGUACAUAGUGGAAGACACUGAGCAAAUCAACCGAGAGAGAGAGGAGAAUCAGGGGAAUGUUUGCAAGUACUGUGGGAAGAUGUGUCGCAGUAGCAACUCCAUGGCCUUUCUCGCACACAUCCGCACUCACACAGGAUCAAAACCAUUCAAGUGCAAGAUAUGCCAUUUUGCAACAGCUCAGCUUGGUGAUGCCAGAAACCAUGUCAAAAGGCACCUUGGGAUGAGGGAAUACAAGUGUCAUGUCUGUGGGGUUGCUUUUGUAAUGAAGAAACACUUAAAUACCCACCUACUGGGCAAACAUGGAGUUGGCACACCAAAAGAAAGGAAAUUUACAUGCCACUUAUGUGAUAGAAGUUUCACGGAGAAGUGGGCCCUGAACAACCACAUGAAACUCCACACAGGGGAAAAGCCGUUCAAGUGUACCUGGCCCACCUGCCAUUAUUCCUUCCUCACAGCCUCCGCCAUGAAAGACCACUACAGGACGCACACAGGCGAGAAGUCGUUCCUGUGUGACCUCUGCGGCUUUGCUGGCGGUACCCGGCACGCCCUCACCAAGCACCGGAGGCAGCACACAGGAGAAAAACCUUUUAAGUGUGAUGAGUGUAACUUUGCCUCCACCACUCAGUCUCAUCUGACGCGGCAUAAGCGUGUCCACACAGGAGAAAAGCCCUACAGAUGCCCCUGGUGUGACUACAGGUCGAAUUGUGCAGAAAACAUCCGCAAACACAUUCUACACACGGGAAAACAUGAAGGAGUCAAGAUGUACAACUGCCCCAAGUGUGACUAUGGGACAAAUGUCCCUGUGGAAUUCCGGAACCACCUGAAAGAACAACAUCCUGACAUCGAGAACCCUGACCUGGCCUACUUGCAUGCUGGCAUUGUGUCCAAGUCCUACGAGUGCCGUCUAAAGGGCCAAGGAGCCACCUUCGUGGGGACGGACAGCCCCUUCACGGCGGCCGCGCUGGCGGAGGAGUCUCCCGUGAAGGACAGGCCCCUGCGGAGCAGCAGGAGGCAGGCGGCGCCGCCCGAACCCGUCCAGCAGGUCAUCAUCAUACAGGGCUACGACGGGGAGUUCGCCCUGGACGCUUCCGUGGAGGAGACGGCCGCAGCCACGCUGCAGACGCUGGCGCUGGCCGGCCAGGUGGCCCGGGUGGUGCACAUCACGGAGGACGGGCAGGUUAUCACCGCUGGUCAGAGCGGGGCUCCAGUGGGCAGCGGGGCGCCGGGGCCGGUCCUGCCAGAGCAACUGGCCGAUGGGGCUGCCCAGGUGGUGGUCGUGGGAGGCUCCAUGGAUGGCAACGGCAUGGACGAGCCCCUCAGCCCUGGCGGGGCCAUGAUUCAGCAGGUGACCAAGCAGGAGAUUCUAGACCUGGCUGAGGCCAGUGUCCACCCGCCAGACGCGGCCUCCGCCUUAGACGCCCUGCUGUGCGCGGUGACCGAGCUGGGAGGGGCAGAAGGCCGGGCCGCUGCGGAGGAAAAAGGCAGGGCGGGCCCCAGAGACGUGUUGGUCCAGCUGCCAGGGCAGGAGGCGGCCCCCGCUGUGGCCCCGCCCACGGCCCCAGAGAUCCACAUGUUCCAUGAUGUGCAGGACGGCCCGGCCGGGGAGCCUGUGGAGGUGCUAACCCAGGUGGUGCGGCCCUCAGCCGUGAUGGCGUCACAGGAGCGCGCCCAGGUGGCCUUCAAGAAGGUGGUGCAGGGCGUGCUGCAGUUCGCCGUCUGCGACUCGGCAGCGGCCGGCCAGCUCAUGAAGGACGGCGUUACGCAGGUCAUUGUGAACGAGGAGGGCACGGUGCACAUGCUGGCCCGGGAAGGCUCCCAGAUCAUCAUGCAGGAAGCCGAGACCCACAGCCAGCACGUGGACCUUGCCGAGUCCGACGGCGAGAUCUCGCAGAUCAUCGUGACGGAGGAGCUGGUCCAGGCCAUGGUCCAGGAGUCCGGUGGCAAUUUUUCUGAGGGGGCAACUCAUUACAUUGUGACAGAACUGCCCCCGGGGGUGCAGGACGAGCCGGGUGUGUACUCACACACUGUGAUAGAGACGGCCGGCCCCCAGGAGAUCCUGCAGGCCGGGGCCGUGGUCCCGAGUGGAGCGGACCAGCUGACCAGUAUGGUCAUAUACACCCAGGAGGGCACCCCGGCAGCCACGGUCAUCCAGAGCCAAAGAGAGAGCAGCGAACUCCACGAAGCCUGAGGCCAGAACACAGCCACUCGGCACUGGGCGGACUUGGAAAAACACGCACACACAGCCUGUGCUCCCUGGAGUGUGUCUGCAAAGCCUUCAGGACAGUGAUGAUGGCACGUCCAAGGUGCAGGAAACACCCCAGGCUGGUGAUGUCCACUGCUGACUGCGCGCCGCCCCUCGGGCUAGCAGUGGGGAGCCCGGCUGCACACUGGGUGGGCCGCGUGGGACAGGCUUGUUUACUUUUCGUCCCUCUGUCGAUGCUCUUUCCUCUCUUCUCUCCAUUGUGCUGAGGAGAAGCCAAGUUUUUUUCUGUUUCUUUCCCUCAUAAAUGUUUUCCCAUUUCAGUUUUGAAAGGAUUGUGCCCUUGCGGUGAAAAAAGUGACCACAGUGUAUCUUGUGGCUUGAGACAUGGCGGCCCUCACAGUCCAGCAUGUCGCUGUUUUAACAUUUUAUUAUCUAUUUGGUUAAACUUGCAGCUACAUAUAUUACCGUGUUGAAGCAGUCCACUCCCCUUCAUUUUGGGGGAAAUUUUAGGAUGAGUGUCCCCAAACCAAAGGCUGCCUGUUAGUUCAUUUCAGUAUGGAUUUCCUCCCCUUCAGACAGUGUAGGUGUGUUCAUUGCUCUGUUUGCUUCUGCUUAAAAGAUUCCUUCUUAAGCCUAUGGUUAAGAAAAGCCUCGACAUUUAUAUUCAAUUGAAAUAAACCUUGGUUAAGAAAACCCAAUGCUUCUCGUUUUGACUUAGUUUCAUACAAUAAAGUCUAUAUGAAAUGUGCAUUCUGGAAAAUAUUGUUUGCAUCAGUAUUUUGCAUUCAUAAUAAAUGUUUCUUCAUAUUGCUAUCUUCUGCACAGGAUUUAUUUGUGGUUUAUGUCCGUGUGAGAGAGCUGACAUCACAUGUUAGUAACAGAAGGCCAUGCCCUAUGGCCUGGCCCCAGCAGUACUGUCCCCUUCAUGUCGGGUCAUUGCAACUGGGGUUGCAAGUUCACGUCCGCUGACUCGUUUCUUGGUGCCACUGCUCCUCUUCCUUUUCCAAAAUUGUAAAAUAAUCCCCUCCCCCAAGUGUAAAGGUUGUUUUUGUUCUGGUUGUCUUUCCUUUGAAAUAAAAGUAUAGUAUUAAAAGAUAA